AUUUUCUAUUGAUGUGGGUAGAAAAAAAGAUAGCAAAAUGUGAAAAAUAGAGCCUCCGUUGUAAGGAGACAUCCUAAGAGAGAGCCAGGACUUAAGUGAUCCUAUCUGCUCGCAGGCCUCCCCUGCUCAAAAAUACCAGUUUUUGUGGCAUAAAAUCUAAACUACACAUCUUUGCAUUACAAACAUCACAGGCCCUGCAAAGAGGGCAGAAGAAGGUACAGAAAGAAAAAGGAAAUUAGAGAUGCUGCAAGGCCCAGGUCCAGCCUGGCACCCCUCCCACCCAGCUCAUCUUGCAGAUCUGUGGCCUCUGUUCCUCUCUCUAAACCCACAGGACAUUAUGGACCCCCGGGGGCCAGGCCCCCAGCCUUUCCAGCGGCCUGAGAAAUCUGGUCGUGUCCGUCGUCGGAAGACAAGGCGGGAGCGUAACGAGGCCCUGAUGGGCAGCCGCCGGCCAUUGACCCAUCAGGAUCCUCCUGUGACCAGUCAGGAUCCACCUGUGGCCCCUACCGUUCCCAAGGUCGUGGUCAUAACGCAGGGCCGGCUGAGCCGGGAGCACCGGGGUCUCUUUAAUCAUGAGGUGAAAUCUCUGGAUGUGGCACGGCUGCUUAGCAGUGGGUCCCUGGAGCCCGGCACCCCUUCACUCCCCACCAAACGCUUCUCAAGCCCAAGCUGGGCCCAAGAACCAGCUCCCCAGUCAAGGGGCAAGGAGAACCAGGUGCCUAGAGGCUCAGGCCCAGGCCCACCCAGUCCCCCAGAGCUCCCUGGCUUGGGGCAGCUGCUGGAGGAGCUGCAGUGCCAGUUGAUUCUGCCACAGGCCUUCCCCAGGAGGAACCUAGUGCAGGAGGCCAGGGAUGCCAUCGUGGGCACUUUACAGGCCUGUCAUGGCUGCGUGCCUGACCUUACCCUGGUGCUCCGUGACUGCCAGCCACCCUUACCAGGGACCAAGCCUGGGGGCCCUGAAAGGCGAAGGAUGACACCCUCCUGGAUCAACAGCCCGGAGCAGGCCCCAGGGGAGAGGAGGCAGAGGAGGCAACAGAGGACAAAGGAGCUCACUUUCUCCAUGCCUCACACCUCCAGCACUCCCCUGGUGCACAGGGUGAGCCUGGCGCCACCAAAAGGUCCCUGGCCACCGCCUUUGUCCUUGUUGCCUUCGCCAUCUGGGGCAGCCUGGGGCCCCCCAACAGCCUUUGACCUACUGAAAAGCAUCUGGCUGGUUGCCACACCUCCCCCUCCCCGGCCCUGGGGGGUCGGCCCACAACAACCCCUGCCUCAGCCACCAUCACCCUUGUUGCCCCGAACUUCUGCCCUGGAUUGGAGCCCCAGCCCUCCUGCCCCACUGCCCAGCCUCUCCUGGGUGGUGGCCCAGAGCAGCCCAGAGGCCUGGUCCUUUCCACCUAUGAGACUGUACUGAGGGGACUGAGUCUGGGCUAGGGGCAGGAAACCCGCACUCCUGAUCACUUCAAUAAAGUACCUUCUUCAUGGUC